AUGAAAUGCCGCAAUGGCCAUUCCCUGCACCUCACGCACAUGCCCUGUGCGAGGAAGCACCGCUGUACCGUGUGCCACGAAGUCAUUCCGCGGGCGGCCAGACGGUACAUGUGCAGACGCUGCAGCUACGAUGUUUGCUUCGACUGCGGUGUGCAUGACAACUGCGUCAUCGAGCGGUCGCAGCAUUCGUCGCGGACCCUGCGGUCAGUUUUCAAGGCAUACGGGCUGGAGCACCAGCGAAGUGUCGUCAUCAGCACGACGUACGACAUCGUCUCCCCUGGCGAUGGACACAUGCGUAGACAUCAGCACAAGAGGGGCCUCGGCGUGGGUGAGGACUGCCGCUACGCGGUUUUCAGCGACGCUACCAUGAAUGUGGACACUCCUUACCAUCUACCCGGCAGAAGUGCCGACAAGCAUGCCGCAGACAUGCCGGCCUCAUCAAAUCCGAUCUUCGACAUGGCGCAAGGGAUCAUGCGGCGGUCCAUGCAGCUGGUCGACAUCAUUGCGGGCGAAGUCGAAGCUGGCCAGGAUUGCUUAGACCAGGACUGGAGCCCGAAGCGUCCCGAGCGCGUGGCUGAGAAGACAAAGACUGGUUACCUGGUGAGGCAGCCUCGCAAUGCCCUCGCUCAGUCGCACGAGCGAUACUUCGUGCUCUCGAAAGGCCUUCUGCAAUGGCACAAGGACGACUCCAAGGGAGCCGAGGUCCUCGGGGCGGUGCGGCUGGGAAGCAACACCACCAUCAACAAGGAAAAGGACUCGGACCUGCACGUGAAAACCUGCGACGCGGAGCUGAUCCUCACUCACGCUGAAGGAGCCGUACUUGAUGAUUGGGCCCAAGCACUGGCAAAUGAGGUUCGAGAGGAUCCAGCUGACGAGCAUUUCGGUCCUCGCCCGUGCCUGUCCCGCUUCAAAGACCUCAACUCUUCGCCAUGCAUGGACUACGAGCCGAGCAUGCUGGCCUGGCUGUUGGAAGGAGAUGAUGCUCCCCGGGGGUAUUCGGUGGCCACGGUCGAAGCUUUUCCUCGUACCAAUCCCGGGCCUGUCCUCCGCUUCCUGGGUACGAUGAAUUCCGUGUUUGUCCGGGGCUUCGACUUCGGAACGACGGAGCAGCAGCUCCGGCGGCACUGCAGUAUGGUCGGCCUUGUGAUAUCGCUGGAGAUGUGGGGCAAGGGCGCCGCAGUGGUGUCAUACCGGACAGCGAUGCAAGCUGACCAGGCCGUGCAGCAGCUCAACAACUCCAUCAUCCCAGGAAAUUCGCGCUACAUCGACGUGAAGUUGGAUGACCGGGGCAACAGGCAGUCGGCUCCAUCGUCACCAAUAGCUGGCCAGUUCGAGGACGCGGCCGUGUUCGUCCGCGGCUUCGACUUCGGAACGCCAGUGCAGCAGAUCCGUGCGCACUGCAGUAUUGUCGGGCCUGUGAGCUCGGUAGAGAUGCAGGGUGAGGGCGCGGCAGUGGUUUCCUACCCUUCACCGGAGCAGGCAGAGCAGGCCGUGCAGCAGCUCAACAACACCACCAUCCCGGGUAACUCUCGCUACAUUGAUGUGAAGUUGGAUGACCGAGGUGGACGGGGAGGUACCAAGCGGCCGGCUCAAUUCACACCGACCAGGGGUGCAGCCGCAGUGCCGGACUUCGGUGCAGAUGAGCUCGAGGAAGGAGGCUGUACAUCCGUGUUUGUCCGGGGCUUCGACUUCGGCACGACGGAGCAGCAGAUCCGGCGGCACUGCAGUAUGGUCGGCCUUGUGACAUCGCUGGAGAUGUGGGGCAAGGGCGCCGCAGUGGUGUCAUACCGGACAGCGAUGCAAGCUGACCAGGCCGUGCAGCAGCUCAACAACACCAUCAUCCCAGGAAAUUCGCGCUACAUCGACGUGAAGUUGGAUGACCGGGGCAACAGGCGGCAGGCUCCCUCGUCACCAAUUGAAGGCCAGUUCGAGGCACGCAGCGGCUCCGACACGGCCGUGUUCGUCCGCGGCUUCGACUUCGGAACGACAGUGCAGCAGAUCCGAGAUCACUGCAGUAUUGUCGGGCCUGUGAGCUCGAUAGCGAUGAAGGGUGAGGGCGCAGCGGUGGUUUCCUACCCAUCUCCAGAGCAAGCGGAGCAGGCCGUGCUGCAGCUCAACAACACCACCAUUUCGGGCAACUCUCGCUACAUUGAUGUGAAGUUGGACGGUCAAAAAAGCAGCAACAACAAGCGGCCGGCUCAAUUCACGGCGACUGGUACCACGAACCGAGUGUUCGUGAGGGGCUUCGACUUCGGCACCACAGAUGAGCAGUUGCAGCUGCACUGCGGCUCUGUGGGAACGAUCACAAAGAUAUCUUGGAUCAACAAGGGGUCGGCCAUCGUGGAGUAUAGCAGCCCCUUAGAGGCCAAAGCAGCCGUCGAGUGUUUGAACGCGACCACCAUUGAUGGCAACCAGCGCUUCAUUGAAGUCAAGGAGGACGAAGAGCCGGCGAAGAGGUUGAAAACCGACGAUUCCUUUAAGGGCGGUGGCAAGGGCAAAGAUGCCGGAUGCUGGGUCUGGAUGCCGAUUCCCGACUCCUUCGCCAUUGGAGGCGGCCACAAAGGCAAGGGAAAGGGAAAAGAAGACCUCCCGGGCUCGGGUCGGGUCUUCGUCCGCGGCUUCGACCAUGGCACCACAGACGAGCAGCUCUUGUCGCACAUGUCCCAGGCGGGCGAAAUCGUCGACAUGCACUGGGUGAAUCCAGGCUCCGCCAUCGUCGUCUACAGAAGGCAAGCCUCGGCUAACGUGGCCAUUAGUAGGCUGAGCAUGACGACGAUUCCAGGCAAUAUGAGGUACAUCGAGGUGAUCCCAAGAGAAAACCAAUGA